AUGUUGUUGCCUACGGCGAUUUUGGGUACGUUGAUGUGGACAUUGACCCUGUUUUCGUAUUUGUUAAUAACUAUAGAGUUUCGAAGCGGGCGGUACGAGGAGUACACGGUAGAGGACUGGUUGUUGAUUGAGACGCCCUUUGCGCUGCAGUUGGGUUGGGAGACGUUCCUGGCGUUGCUAGGAUGGAACGUGUGGUCAGUCAAGCUGACACACUCUACAGGCCUGGCAACGCCGGCAAUUGAGCUGUCGGCCUUUAUCGUUUCCGUAGCCCUUGUCGUGCAGGCUGCAGUGUUGUUUGCCGGUCUUCCCAUGGUCAUGAACCCUUGGCUGCAUGUCGGCCUGGCUUGGGGUUGCGGCUGGGUGGCUGUACGCUGGUUGCGCAAUCGCCAAAAUGACAUCACUGUCGCCUGCGGCCUGUCUGCACUCGCUGCCUGCAUCACAUGUCUCUUCUACUUCCUCGUAUCUCUCGCCAUCAUGUGCCAGAGCAAGUUCUGUCUACCCGAAAUCGUGGAACCUAAUUUAGAUGCUCGAGCGACUGCCGCCGUCCGCGACCGCGGCGGAUGCACUGACCGCGGGGGAUGCAAUGACCGCGGAGGAUAUUCUGAACGCGGAGCCUACAUGGAACGAGGAGGCUACUCUGAACCUGCCAGCAGCGCCUUACCCACCGCCAACGGCCUACCGAACGCCAACGGCUUGUUACACCAAUCCUAUCGUCAAUCCGGAUUCAAUUCUCCUUCCCUGCCCCACUCACCACAUGA